AUGCCGCCGACGACGAGGAUGUGCGAUCUUCCACAGAAACUCAUCGGGGAGAAGAUAUUCCCGAGGGUUCCGAUAACGUCGCUGAGAGAGGUGCGAUCCACUUGCAAAUCGUGGGACGCUAUCACCAAAAGGUGGAUUUUGGGUUACGAAGCGACAGCGACACAGCAGUUUCUGGGGUUCAUGACGAUGAAUUCUAAGCUUUGUUCACUGCGCUACGAGCAGAAGCAGAAGCGCGACGAUUCGGUUGAUGAUGUAUCUAUAGAUAUAAAGCAGGUAGAUUCGCUUAACCAAGUCGAGAUAUCUAAAGUGUUUCACUGUGAUGGCUUAUUGUUAUGCGUCGCCAAGGACAGCUCGAAGCUUGUGGUGUGGAAUCCUUACUUGUGUCAAACAAGGUCGAUCGGACCCAGAAACAAAUUCUGGUCGUACGACAGGUACGCUCUCGGAUACGACACGAACCGUAACCACAAAAUCUUGAGGUUUGUGGAUGAGCGCGGUGGUGGAGGAGCGGAAGAGUACGAAAUCUACGAUUUAAGCGGUUGUGAUUCGUGGAGGGUCCUCGAUGUCGUCACUCGAGACUGGGAAAUACAACAGUUUCGCCGCGGAGUGUCUGUCAAGGGAAACGCCUACUUUUUCGCUCGUGAGAAGUUAUGUGACGUGGAAUCUGAAGAUGAAUGUGGAACGGUGACUGAGGUUAAAGACUUCUUGCUCUGUUUCGAUUUCACAAGAGAGAGGUUCGGGCCGCGUCUGCCUCUCCCGUUCCACACCUGUGUCGACGAGUGUGUGACGCUCUCGUGCGUUAGAGAUGAGCAGCUUGCGGUGCUGUAUUACCAGGAGGGUUUGAAUGAUUAUUCAUGUGGCAGCGUUGAGGUUUGGGUUACCACUAGGAUUGAGCCCAGCUCUGUGUCCUGGACCAAGUUUCUGAACGUUGAGAUGAGACCCUUUGCACUCACCGGUGUUAGGUUUGACGAGUUUCAGGGUGGGAGCUUCUUCCUUGACGAGCAAGAGAGAGUCGCUGUUGUGUUUGAUCUGGACGGAUAUCUGCCCAAUAAGACCCCUCGCUACCACACAGCUUUUGUCGCUGGAGAAGACGGCUACUUCAAGUCUGUGAGUCUCGGGGAAGCUUCAAAUUCGGGGAAACGGUGCCAGAUAACCGGCUACCUUCCGGAAGUUUAUGCUCCCGCACUUGUUUGCUCUUCUUUUUAUCGUCCCAGUUUAGUGCAACUCAACUAA